AAGCCUCAGGCUUACACUCCUCCUUGACAAACAGACUCACUGCCAUAAUCUCAACAAUCAUCUUUACUUUGUGGGUUGGAUCUUAAGGUUAAGCAUUUCAAUACUGCCAGGGAAUAUGCCACAUGACACGGAUAAUAAAUUAGCACCUUGUUCGUGUUCCUUUUACACAAUUGUACAUAUUUCCAUUGGCGCAGUGUAAUACGAUUACAUUAGCAUAUGUUUAAGAUUCCCGUAUGAAAAUACAACAACACUAUUUUUAUUGGACAACUUUAUUUUCAAUGGUGUUUGCUCUUUAUACACUUGUUAACAUUUCUACAGUAUAGGCUGCUGUCAACAUUGACUGCUGGCAUUGAACAGUGACCACUAGUCAUUAUGGGCACUUAACCCGUUUGAGGGAAGCACACACCUCCCUGAGUCUGACCACCUACCUCCAGUGGAUGUCCGAAUUUCUCUACAGACAGAGGUAGUUUCCAAAACAAGGCAACACUUGUGAACGAAAAUGAUUACGAGCUGCCUCAUAUCCUAAGGUGCCAGCUACCUGAGCGAUGCCUCUGGAGCUCCGAGCUUAGAGACAGACGCUGCCCAUCACAUCCCAUCACUGACUGCCUCAACAGGCCUCAGGGCCCAACUCCAAGCCCUUUCCACACCAGCCCUGGCGAGAGAGAACCUGAGUCACCAUGAUAGACCUGAGCCAUCUGACGGAGGAGGAACAGUCGAUGAUCAUGACUGUGCUGAAGAGAGAUGAAGAGCUGAAGAAAGCAGAGGAGGAGAGGAUCAAGCAGCUGCAGAAAACCAGUGCCCCAGUGGACAGCAGGCUCAAGUACCUGACAGGGGAGUGGUUUUACGAGGCCAAGUCUCUGAGACACCGGGAAAAGAUCCAUGGCUCCGAAGUAAUCCUGGCCUCCAUGAAGCGAAGGAAAGCAGGUUCUUUAGAUGGGUUUCUUUCCGGACCCAGAGCAGUCAGCGGUAAAGUCUCAGACAUCACCCCCCCUCCAAAACCUGCCAGGCUCCUGGAGUUACCAACACAGCCAACACAGCCCCAGAAGAACAGCAAAAGCCUCAAUGUAUCAGAUGCAGAGAAAGAGAGGCUGAAUUCAGUUGUGCAGUCCCCGGGAAGGCCAAGGCACAAUCCUUUCAAUCGAGCAUCCCUUAUUCUAGAGGUAGAGAAGACAGAAAAACAGUCCAAUGGAAAUCAAGAGACUGAGAAAGCAUCUGAAGCAGAGCCCUUAUCUCCCCUGAUCAUUCUCAUGACAGCAGACUCCACCAGUCACAACUCAGCAGGCUCUGCCACCUCCGAGGGGUCCUCUCUAGGAUUCAGGCCCGUGCCCAAGAAAAUAACCAUCCUCUCCCGGCACUCGCAGAGCUCUCUCACGGGCAGUGAUGUCUCCAUUCCUGGGCUGCAGGGUCAUCCAGCUGGGUCAAAGGUCAUCACCCCUGCCUCUCAGGGAAGUCUCCAACAUGGCUCCAGCUGUGGCUCAAACCAGUCUAGCCAGGGGGCUUUGGACGUUCAGUCACAGAAAAUGUAUCCAACUCCCAUCUCUGAGUUACAGAACAAUGCAACUCCAGUAUCUCCCUCCAGUCAACAACUGAACACUUUGAGUCACCACUCCCACAAGCCACUGAAGCCUUUAACCCUAGUCUCCGCCAAUACUGAUUUUGAGAGAGCGAAAGAGGCCCAUGAAAGAGAGAGGAGAGCAGAGCCCUCAGAUAACUCACUUGUCAGACACCUAGUGAGAACCCCCUCUCAUCUUAGGGAAACUGAGAGUUCCAAAGUUCCAUUGAGGCCCUUGAGUGAGCCAAAGCCUCUCCGACUGUUGAACCUUAGACCAGCCACACACUCUGAUAAUGACAGACACACAGAUACAUCCUACACAGGUCAUCAGAAGAGUGAAGGUAGCGAUGGUCUCAUCCAGAGAGAGUUUGUCAGUGAGGGUCCUCCUCAGGGCAGAGAGAGGUCUGAUGGUCCAUUUUCAAAACCUCUGUCCAUACCACUCUCUCCGGGCUCAGAACUAACAGCCCCUACUCACCACCAGCCUUCACAGCAUGCAGCCUUUCAACUCAUUGAGAUGCAGGACAAGGAGGUGAUAAGAACCCGCAAUGUGGACACCGCAAUCAGACAGGAGGACCCUAGUCUGCCUCCAACCACUGUGGAUCAAUGGAAACAUCAUGAUCUCCAUAACUCUGGGGAUAAGCCUGAUAAGCAUGUUCAUAAAAAAACAGUAAACCCCAAACCUGCCUCUAAAUCAGCCCCUCGUAGUCCCCAGCCCACAGCGGAGCAGGGCGACUCCAUUUCUAAAGUCUUAGAGUGGUUCAGCCGCAGCACAGACAGCUACGACUGGCUGAAGACUGAGAGCGACCAACCAGACAUGGAGGAAGACGUGAUUAACUCUGUGAAAACAGAUACAGAUGACCGGCCUACCUUUGAGAGCAGGUCUCAGCAGACGGAGAGGAAAGCUCCUGAGGUGAAGAGAAAGCUCCUACAUGUUGACCCCAGCCUGGAUAUGCAAAGUAUUGGAGGAGGAGUGUCAGUGUGUUUAACACCAGAGGUAAAGGAUGGAUCUCAGUCGGAAUCCUCUAUGGAUCAACCUACGGACCAGUCACCUUUGAAUACAUUAAGAUCAUACCAGCUCAAGUCUGAGGGGCUGAGAGCAGCAUAUUGGAAGGAGUUCAAGCAAGUGAUGUUAGAUAGAGAAGAGGAUGUGAUAGAUAGGCAAGAGAAUGUGAAGAAGGUCAGUGGCCCUCCAGCCAAGGCUGUUGGACCACAGGUCGCAACACAAGAAGUCAAACAGAAAGAGGUCCAAGAUGAGAACCAACCACCCAAAAUCACCCACCUGAAGUCCUUCUGGGAGAAGGGCAACACUGGGCCCAAGAUACUCAUCAGUAGAUCAAUCAUUGAUAAAAGACAGAAACCAAUGGAGAAAGAGAAAGAGAGAGCACUAGCAGAGAAGUCUCAUAGAACUGUUUCUGUCCCAGAGUCAAACGGUGUGGAGGGGUCUUUGAGGAAGAAUCUCAGGGAUGAAAAAGGAGAUGAACAGUUAAACCUAGAUACUCAACAAAGCACUGCUAGUCGAGAUAUGAGAAGUGUUCAGCCGAGUGUUAGCCCUUACAAACAGGAGGUAUACAGACCCCAAAACAGUGUUGUUAUUGCUCCCUCUAUAGAGAUAUGUACACUGCCAUCCUGGGAUGAUAGCUACACUCAUGGGGCUCAAAGUGAGGAGGACAAUUUGACUUUAACAGAAGAAGAUCUCAGAAGAUCCCCAAUGACAGUAGACAGAAGAAGCUCACAGGCAGAAAUACUCUACCUAAGUAGACUCCAUCCACAGCCUGACACGCUGUCCCAGUCCAGACUCAGCCCAGAACAUAAGAGAUUCUCCCCAUCAACACUCAGUCCUCAGCCUGAAUUGCUCAUCCAGCCCACAGUCAACCCUCAGCCUGUGAAGCUCUCACCUGCCAUACCAAAACCCCAACCUGAAAUGCCAUCCAGGGCCAGGUCCAAGCCCAGUCCCAGCCCACUGCCUGAACUACUCUCCCAGCCUACAAACAGCCUAGACUCUGAGAAGUUUAGACACAAGGUUGGAAAAGAAAGUGAACAGUUUUCCCCCAAAACUCAGCAAAGCAAUGUCAAUGUACAGUCAAGUGUGUCCACUAAAAAACAAGACCACACCAUUAAAGAUAAAGGAAAUAGCCCACACACCCUGAAACAGGUUCCCCCUCAACAGGACAGCAAAGCAUACCGUAUAAAGCAGGUCAAGUCCUUUUGGGAGCAGGAGAAAAACAGGCCUAUAUUUUACACGGGUAAAUCAAAAGAAGCAGGCGACGCCAGCGUGACUCAAAUUCCAUCAUCAGCCAUAGAAAAGCUGAAUAAAAGGUACACCAAGUCUGAGUUUGACCUGAGGUCAAUCUGCAACGAAUCUGACGGCGACCAUGAAGGGGAUUCCAACCUUUCCUCUGACAGAAAAAUACAGAAUUUCACAGUCUUCACGAUGGAUCAGAGACUGGAGAAGUCGUCCCCAAGCCUCGGUGCAAACCGCUCACAGUUUAAGAAUCUCUGCAACUUCUGGGGUGAGGCCACUUCGAAUAACAGAGGGCCGAUCUCUUCUGACGAACUCAAAAGCCCCAAAAAUAAGGAGCCAAUGGAUGCCCAGAACUCAAUACUGGAGUUAAAGCAAUGUGUUGACCCUGAUUUCUACAGCAAAUCUGCCCCCAGCCAGCCACAAAAGGUCAGUGCUACACUACCUUUGGAUGAGAACCAGCUCAAGAAAACAUCUUCACCUUCUUCACCAUCUUCUCCAUCUUCCCUACCAUCUUUAGUCAGGGGGAACAAAGACAGAGAGCACCAGUCAAGGUCUAAAUCGAUUGAACUGGGUUCAGGAGCUAUGAUUGACACUAAAGAGCACCAGUCAAAGUCUAGAUCAGUUGAGGUGGGAUCAGGAGCUAUGAUUGACACUAAACCCAACUUCCCACCUCAAAUCACCAUAGAGUCAGCGCAGCAAAGAGCCCCUGGUGUCCCCCAGGUCACAAGGGGCUCAGAACGGGACUUCACCAAAGAUAAAAAGGCCCCGAAGCCCCAAAGCACCUCAGGAAAGGAAUCUCGGUCUCACAAAGCUAGAAAAGACAGUUUUGGAAACUCAAGUGGAAGUGGACGUGCAAGUUCACUUCAGCGCGCCACCAGUAUGUACACAUUAGACAUGAAUGAGGAACAGGCCCAAACUUCUAUGUUGUACCCUGAAAAGACACUGGAUAUUAGUCAUGUCCAGCCCAAGAGAACACAGGGUAAGCACGCUCCUCCUGGUCCAAGGAGGUCCUCAAAAUCAUUGGACGAGUCUGAAUCUCUGACUCCUCGCACUCUGGUCUUUGUUCCUAAAGACUACCCCUAUUACCUGGAGUUUUCAGAGACCAGCGUCCACACUGCUCUGGCCCCGGCAGCAGGCCCGCCUGCGGCUGAACUUGACCUGAGUGGUGGGCUUGUCAGAUCCAGCACCCUAGUGGACUCAGAGGAACGCUACAGUAGGAGGAGCAGCAAGAUAACCCAGCGGCCCCUGGCCCUCUGGUCAAACCAGGGCAGCACUGACACUGGACGGGAGUCAUCAUUAAGUGCAUCUGAAAUAGCAUCGAGUAGCGCGUCUGAAACUUGGUCCAACUCCAGGACCAGUUCAAACCGUGAAAAUAAUGAUGAGGAUCAAGACCCUAUACAGAAGGCAUUGAAAAGAGCUCAGGCCCGCUCACAAAAUCUGGCCAAAAGUCUUGAGGAUAUCACAGCAUCCAUGCCACCACGACAAGAAAGAAGACUGGCUCCCCUUGAUGUCCUCAGGCGAAGCAGUGAUGCAUCCACCAUCCCCUCUCCCUCCUCAUCCCUCUACUCUGACCCUGAACAUUUGAAGAAGAUGAGCAAGUCUGUUCCCUCGUUCCUGCAGAACGAGAGUGAUUGCAGAGAAACUGACUCCGCCUCUGAAGACAGUUACCAUGGAGGCAGGCAGAAGACGGGCAGAUCUAUGACUAACCUCAGCAGCUCCUCUGGCAUGGCAUCUGUGUCCUCUCUGAGUGGCAGUGUGAUGACCAUGUACAGUGGGGACUAUGGAGGUGUGGAGGUGCAGGGGAACAUCCAGUUCUCCAUCAACUACGUUCAGAAGCUCAGGGAGUUCCACAUCUUCGUGGCUCAAUGCCGAGACCUGGCCGCCGUCGACCCUAAGAGGGGCCGCUCUGACCCGUAUGUUAAAAGUUACCUGGUACCUGACAAAGCCAAUAUAGGGAAGAGGAAAACGUCUGUGAAGAAGAAGACUCUCAACCCCAUUUUCAACGAGCUCCUCAGAUAUCGGCUUCGUAUGGAGCACCUCCGAACUCAGACCCUCAUUCUCUCUGUCUGGCACCACGACACCUUUAGCAGGAACAGUUUUCUGGGUGAGGUGGAUGUGGACCUGUCCAAAUGGGACUUUGACCACACCCAGAUGAACUACUUAGCUCUGAAAUCCAGGCCCACCUCCAGUCUGCAGCCUUCAGAUUACAGAGGGGAGAUGAAACUGGCCAUACGCUUCCUGCCUCAAGUCUCCCACAGCCCAGGAAAGGAUCCCCCCUCUAACAAAGGUGAGGUUCAUAUUUGGAUGAAAGACUGCAAGAACCUUCCCCUCAUCAGAGGGGUCACCAUCAACCCAUAUGUCAAGUGCUUUGUGCUCCCGGACACGAGCAGAAAGAGUCGACAGAAAACUCGGGUGCUGAGGAGGACGGUGGAGCCGGUGUUUAACCACACCAUGGUGUACGAUGGCUUCAGACAGGAGGACCUGAAGGAGGCCUGCGUGGAGCUGACUGUGUGGGACCGUGACAAGCUGGCCAGUAACCUCCUAGGGGGUAUAAGACUGGGGCCUGGCACAGGCAGAAGUUAUGGGGCGUUGGUGAAUUGGAUGGACUCGAAUGCUGACGAGGUAGCUCUAUGGGAACGAAUGAUGACCUCUCCAAAUGAAUGGGUGGAGGAUGUACUGCCACUAAGAAUGCUAACCACAGCAAAGACUGUGCUGAAAUGAGAACGACUGAGAGAAAGUCUUCAACCUGCCACAGUUCAAAUAACGUUGUUGCGUUUUAUGUUAUAUACUGUGCAUGUGAUGUGUAAUCUAGAAUAAUCAGACAUUUUAUAUUGAAAUAUAUAGGAAUGAAGAAGCUUUUGUAAAAAUCUGCUGAACAAGUUGAUCAAAUGUUAUAUUAAUGAUAAUCAUACAACCCAAAUAUGAUUAUUAUCAGUCAAAACACACUUAUUUUCUGUUUAAUUAAUCACAACAAUCACAACAAGUUUACUCAAUCCAUUAUUUAUAUUUGAUAUGACAAUUUUCCAUGACAUGAAUGUUCAUCCUAACAUUAACCACAAUUAAAGAAUGUGCAAUGAUGAGUA